AUGCCGACAGCCACGCAAAUCGUCGAGGCGCUCCUCACGCCGUCCAUCCCCGUCAUCCUCCUCGGGUUCCUCAUCAUGAUCGGCGGCCCGAUCCUGCUACACUUCGUCCUCGCCUCCUCCGCCACAUACACCAUCGCCCCGACCGUACUCCUCGUCGGGCCCGAAAACGCCGGCAAGACGUCCCUGCUCACCCUCCUCGAGCGCGGCACCAAUCCCGCCGACACGCACACCACGCAGCGCACGCAAUCCGUCGAACUAAACGCCACCACCGACGCCAAGACCAAAGGCUCCUUCAGGAACCACGACGACUCGUCGGGCACGUACACCAAGUUCCUGCUCGUCGACACCCCGGGCCACGGCAAGCUCCGCAACGUAGCCAUGGCCAAGCUAGCCGAUGCCGACAAGUUAAAGGCCGUGGUGUUCAUGGUCGACGCCGCCGCCCUGGGCGAGCAGGAGACGCUCGCCCCCACCGCCGCAUAUCUCUACGACGUGCUGCUACAUCUGCAGCGCAGGGCGGGCGGUAAGGGGAAGAACAAGGCCGCGGUCCCGGUUUUGAUUGCCGCCAACAAGAUGGACUUGUUUACCGCGCUGCCGGCCAACCUGGUCAAGAGCCAGCUGGAGAAUGAGCUGACGCGGAUUCGGGCCUCGAAGAGCAAGGGACUUUUGGACUCGGGAGUUGGCGUCGACGAGAUUGGGUCAGAGGAGCAGGAUUCGUGGCUGGGGGAGUAUGGCUCGGAAAAGUUUUCGUUUCAGCAGAUGGGCGAGUUUGAUAUUGACGUCGAGGUUGUCCCUGGGAGUGUUACUACCAAGGAGGCAGAUGUUGACAAGUGGUGGUGGUGGAUGGCGCAGCGUGUAUAA